CACCGUCACCCAUUUGUUCAUCAUGUGGCAACUUAUCCUCGCAGGUCUUUUGGCGACAGCAGUCUGUAAAGACACGGAAGUAUCUUCAGCCUCGAAAUCAUCAAGCGAUGACGUUGUACUCCUCGAAAUCGACGUGAAAGAUCCAUCGAAACGUUCACCAGUGUCAGCAACUGGUGUCUAUGGUGCCUCAUCCCCAAGCCAGUUCAUAAUUCGUCACGGCGAUGAUGCUCAAGAGCUGUCUCCAGAGUACCUCUCCCUCGUCGAGCAGUACACAUCAGCCCAACCGCAGCCAUACAGUCAGCAGUCUAGAGCAGGACCUCCACCCCGUCGGCUCCCAGCGUACGCUAGACAGCAGCAGAAUCUCCAGCAGGCUUAUCAGAAUCAGCGAGUUCCAGCUGUUGCACCACCACGUCCUCGAUUGACUCUUCACCCUCAGGCGGAAGCUCAGGCUGAUGCACACGCUGAGUAUCAGGCACAGCUUGAUGCCCAUAAUCGAGCUGAAGCUAAUGCUCUCCUCCGUGCAAGUGGAACAUCUCAUGCUGAAUACCAAGUGCCAACUGGAUACGGUGGGCCAAAGCUCGGAACCUUCGAGCAAGAGCUUCUCCAAUUAGUCUCGGCUAAUCAGGCACAGGAAUUCAAGCUCCAGCAGACGCAGCCGAAGCGACUACCCAAGCCUCAGGGUUACAAUCAAUAUUCCCAACAGCUUUUGGCUUACCCUGGUGAGUAUGAUGGAGUAAAACCAACCGCCGAGCCAAUCCAAGAGUCUCCGAAUCAUCAGCAAUAUCACAUCGAGACCACUCAGCCGAGGUAUCAAGCACCUCAACACGUGCCUGUUGCUUACCGGCCAUUGGAGGAGGUUCAACAUCAGCAGCAAGCACAACAAUCAUAUGCCCAGCCAAGGAAGCCUUACCGACCCGCCCCCCAAUACGUUGAUCCAGCGGUUCAGCAGGCUCAUGCACAAGCUGAAGCUGUCGCUCAAGCUCAGGCACAGGCGCAGGCUGAAGCCCAGGCACUCGCCUACCAGAAGGUCAGCCAGGCAUCUCACCUGAGACACCAGCAAGCAGCGCUCGAGCAGAUCCGCAUCGUCGAGGAUCGCUUCAAACAGCAGAGCGCUCUCGAGCAGAUCAAUCAGGGGCACGUGAGUGAAGCAGGUAGGGAGCACAUCGAGGAACAAGUGAGGCCAAAGGAUCCUGAGGCUGCUUACCGUGCAAAUUUGAAGGCGCAGGCCGCUGCCGAAGCGGCUGAAGCGAGACGCGCUCAAGAAGCUGCCGAGUACAAAGCUCAUGGUGAUGCCAUUAUCGCACUUCAAAGACAACAAGCAGCUCAUCUCAAGGCUCAGGAGGACGCUCAUAUCUACGCUUUGAAUUUCGAAAAGAAUCAGGCCAAAGCUCAGGCACAGGCACAGGCCCUCGCUAAUGCCCAAGCCCUGGCUCUCUGGAAAGCUCAUCAGUCCGCUCGUGCUAAAGCUCAGAAGGAAGCGCAAUUGGCAGCUCGUGCUCAGGACGAAGCCCGCAAACGGGAUCCCGAACAUACCCCAGUUAUUCAAUAUUUAUUGCCAACCCCCAACAGCACUCCUCUCCCUCCUAACAGCUAUCUCACAAACGAUCAGGUUAACAAAUAUCAGGCGUCAGGGUCAUCUUAUGUUCCUCGUGCAGCUGUCAAACCAGAUGAAGUCAACCAGCCCCGUCAAGCACACAAGCACAAAAUCCCAAACAACUCACAGAUUUACGUCUCACAAUCGGGUCUUCGUAAGAAAGCACCAGUCAAGUCUCUCACUAUUGAGGAGAUCAUUGAACAGGAUCAGGAGAGAAACUCACAGAUCAUCCGGAUUCCUGCAGCUAAGGCUCAACCUCUCACUCAAGCCGAUCUCGAUGCUUUAAUUCAUGCUGGAUACACUGUUACCCCUGUUCCUGAAGUCACCAGACCAACCCAACCUAGCUACGCUCUCGAAAAUACCACUGGAUAUUAUGUGAAGAAGCAGACAGCCAGGCCCGAAGCUUAUGUCAACUACGAUGAUAUUCCUCGUCACCAGCGACGACCUGUCAGGAGACAACGACCAAUUCUCAAACAGGAGGCCGAGAGUGAGGGCAGCGAUAAGGUCACCUAUCUUGUUCCUCUUGAUUCCACUUAUGGAGACCGAAGACCACAAGCUCAGAGACGCAUCAUUGCUGAAGAGUAAUUCCAAUCGCUCCUCAUGGUUGAUCAUUUUGGUCACUCGUGGAUGACAACCUGCGGACACAAGACCACUUCUGUCGGGUGAAGAUAUCUGGGAGAGAUGAUGGAGAUAGAAAAAUUCGGGGACGAUUCCGAUAGAUUCAUCCGAUGAGGCCAUUCUCGUGACCCAAUCAACUUCAUCCACUCGAGUUUAAUGUCAAUCUUAAUUUUAUUUAUGCCUAGCUCCAAGUUGAUUUUUUUGCGUUAUCCUGUACUCGUUACAUGCCAAUUUGAUUAUCCGGAUAUUAUUUUCAUUUUGCAUUUCUCGUUUCUGUCCAUUUUUUUUACUUAUUCCUGAAUCAUGAUUUAUUAUUAUUUUUGGUGAUCGUCAGUGGUGUUUAUUGUUCCAUUUUUUUUUUAAUAUGAGCACUCUGUUCUAGUUCUUUUAAUCGUGCAAGCGAGACGAAGAAAAUUUAAAGUUUUAAUGAUUUAUAAAAAUUGAAAGCCAUAAGUGCCGGCCACAUGGCCAUCCGCUCGAUGGUGUGUAUUCAUUUUUUUAAUUAAUUUAUACACGUGUUGUAAAUAUUAGAGUUUUAACUAAUAAAACUGUUGAAAAUGUCAGGAG